CCCUUACCCAUCAACUGUCAUUUUCUCAAAUAUACUUCACACAAAAGAAACAACCAUUCACUUCAUAUACCUUGUCCCCUCUCUCUUUCUCUCAAUCACAAAUUAAAUCUCCAUUUGAUCAUCUCUCCCGAGCUCUCUGUGUAAGAAAAACCCCAAUUUCUAUCACCUUCUUUUGCAGUUUAAUAAUAUCAAGAAGAAGAAGAACAAAACCUAGAGAGAGAGAGAGAUUGUGAAGAAUUGAAGGAUAGAUAGAUGGAGUUAUUUCCAGCACAACCAGACUUGUCUCUGCGUAUAAGUCCACCAAACGCUAAUAAACCCUCUUCUUCGCCAUGGACGGCUUCUAAAGCUCAAGAACAUCAUCACGGUGACGUCAUGGACUUGAGCUUCUGGAAGAGAGCGCUGGGGCCCAGAAACUCCGAGUCUGCUAUAAACGCCGUUUCUUCUUCUUUUGAGCUUUCGCUGUCGAAUCAAUGGCCGGAACAUAACGGAAAUAGUAACGGCGGCAACAAUUUCGUCCAGUUCCAGUAUAACCACCCGCAAGUUGGGCUGGGCUCGGAGCUUGGGUUCUUGAGGCCCAUUAGAGGGAUCCCGGUGUACUCUCAAAACCCACCGUCUUCUCCUUCUUCUUCUUCUUCCCAGUCCCACCGUCAUCAUCAACCUCUAAUGCGGUCCAGGUUUCUUCCGGCGAGGUUUCCGGCGAGGCGCAGCAUGAGAGCGCCGCGGAUGCGGUGGACCACCACUCUCCACGCCCGUUUCGUUAACGCCGUCGACCUCCUCGGCGGUCACGAAAGAGCAACACCCAAGUCGGUUCUUGAGCUCAUGGAUGUCAAAGAUCUCACCUUGGCGCAUGUGAAAUCUCAUUUACAGAUGUAUCGGACUGUGAAGACUACUGAUAAGUCAGCAGUCGCAGCUUCUUCAGGCCAAUCGGAGAUAUUUGACAACGGGUCUUCCGGCGACACUUCCGAGGAUGUCCAAACCUCAAGAAAAUCUGAGUUAUCUGUUCAGAAAGGAACACAAAAUAUGCAUAACCAAGACAAAGAUUAUCAUGGCCUUUGGUGCAACGUUUCUUCGAGCAGGGAAAGUUGGUUGCAUGGCAACCCAAGUGACUGUAGAGGGAGCACACCAUUUCCUACUGAGAAUGACAAGGAUCCAAGGUGGUUGGGUUAUGAAAGAAUGUCUGCAGAGAUGAACUCAUCAAACACUACAACUACUACAAUGGAGACAAGAUCAAACAAGCCUAAUCUUGAGUUCACUCUGGGAAGGCCUUCUGGGCAGUAAUGAAUUGAAGGGGGUGAAAUAUUAUUUUAAAAAAAGGGAAGCUAAGAAAAGAGGUAGAAGAAAUGAUUUUGGUAUCAUUGUAGUCUCUGACUGGGGAGCUGGUGAAAAGAGAAUCAGGUACCCACUGAGACUUUCAGAGCAGAGAAGAAAAAGAAAGUGAGGAAAAAAAAAAAAGAAGAAAAAAAAAAAAAAAGUAGAGAAAAGAGAGGUAAAGAAAGACAAGUAGGCACAAAACACAGAAAGCAACAAAGGGGAAAAGGUGGAAACAUGGAAUACUCAUAGCUUAAUUCCCGAGGUAUUCUAUGGCUACGCUCUCUCACUACAGGAGAACACGACAUCUUAGUCUCCUUUGAUAGCGGCUAACGUUAGGCCGGUUUAGAUAAUAGUUGCAUUGUUCAAGUUCACUCACCACCAGUCUUGUGCUCUCUUGCCUUUAAUAUUGUUUUAAAUGCAAUCAAGCAUAUAUUAUAUUGUUUUACCGAAUAUAUACCCCUUUCACCUA